GUUCUGUUCAAGCCAGGCAGAGAGAGAGAGAGAGAGCAAGCAAACGAGAAGGUGGAGUUGGAGAGGGGCACCAAAGUGCUCAGCUAUUGAGUAACAUGAUGAUCAGCAUAGGCACAGCCGGAAUACUUGGCCGAUUUCGCAAUGCUUUCAGGCCAAUGAUAUUAAUGCAAGGAAUAAGCACCCCGCUAGAAUAUUACGCCUUACUGAAUUUACUAACUACGUGUUCGAGUAAGCGGCAGGAGCCAGCUUGGGGCCACAGAUGUUAUCAGCCUGCUUAGGAUAGUUAAAGCUUAUAAGUUCUCCGUGGUGCACGAUUGAUCGCACCGAUACUUUUGAUUUUUUCAGAAAGAGGCGCUUACUUCUUUUUUAGGGAACAGUAAGCGAAGGUUAGGAUUGGCAAUCUAGAUCUAGCGCUUUUUAUUAGAAUCAAAUUAGGACUUUGAUAGAGUCAAGUACUAGAAUAGCUCCAUAAUUUUUUUUAGGAGUAGCACCGUCGAAAGUAAAACCCGCCCCACGUAGAACCUAUAGCGAGGCACUGACACACUUGCUUGGUCGCAGUUAGACGCUUUAUUGUUCCACUCAUGCGACAUCAACUAGUUACUCAUAGUCGAUGAAAUCGAAUCAGACACUAACUAAUUGACUAAGCUCAAGCUCUUAAAAAGUGGAAAGUGUUCAUCAUCUUGUCUGCUUCCGUUCGGAUCGCGGGUUCAAGAAGAUGGCGGACGGAGAAGUAGGGGUGCUUUAUCCUCGCGACGCUGGGUUCGGCGAAGGAAGAGGCGUCAUCGUGGAUGUCCAAAGCCUGCUUACUGGCGAGGUCCUGGUCCGUUUUCAAGUGCGUCAUUUUGAUAGCCUUCCCAUCGACUUUGUUUAAGGCUCCACCAUAAUCACAAAAUCCAUCAUGUCCAUCUUGAGGACGACAACAAGCUCAAGCAUGCUAUGCGUAUGAUUUCAUCUUUCUUGGGGGUAAGAAGUACGUUCUUCUUUAAUACUACGUACAACGUGUUGAGGGAGAUGAUUGUGGACGAGGAACGCUACAGAAGGCGCAAGAUGUUCCUCAAAACAAGAACACGAAGGCCGUUGUUCUUGAAUCGAUUGACUGACAGCAGUUGAUGAAAGCGCAAACGCUUCAAAAUGGACUUUUUUAUGUUGGAGCACGAUGAAAGUUAUAAGAUGGAUCUCUAAUAUUUGAAGCAACACAUUUCAAACGAUAUUGCCCUAAGAAAUGCUGACGACGGCCAGAACAAGGUUCCUAUGCCGCGUUCUGUGAUCCAUCUAGAGCAGAUUCGGAACGAAUCAGGAUUAAGGAUUGACCGAUUACAUCCUCCACAACGAGGAUCCUCCAUCUCCCUGACUCUUUCUCUGGUACUAUUCGAAAACCCAAAACGUCAGUUGACAGAGGUGGCGGGGCUGCGGGAUGCUCCUCUGAAGGGUGAUGUAAUAGUAAUGCGGAUGAAACCUCUAAUAAGAAAUUAUCUGCAAUCCGAACAAGUGGAAGUAGAAGAGUAUCAGUAUCCUCCGCGUGUGUAUUAUGUGAAAGAUAUCGCAGACUUGAAUGAAGACAUCUCAACAAAUGCAACCCCCAGUGGGUUAGAUGAAGAUGAACGAGGUCAACAAGAUGGAGACAGUACAACACAAAUUCGAACAGUUACACUUGGCUACCUGAUAAAAACGAUACCCCGAACGCGAACGUUACGGUUACUUUUUUUCAUGCUCAGCAUCUUGGUGCCCUUUAGAGAUAUGAUGCAGGACCAUAGAUUUACAAGGGCACCAAGAUGGGUGGGACGGAGAUGGAAAAAGACAUUCGCUAACAAAGAUUACAGACUGUGGGCGAGAAGAAAGGCCCUCAUGCUGGGGCGCCCUUGUGCGACUGGUGAAAAUAUUUGUUAAGGCGUGGUAGACGUAUAGGUAGAAGAUGUGUAGUUUCGAUGGGUAAUUUCUUUGCAAUGCAAUCUAGGUCUUGAGCGUUAUCAACAAGCGCGGCUAGCAGUAGGACCCUUUGGCAUUGAGGGCUUGAACUUGCUAAGCGGUAGCUCUUCCUGCUACUAUCUUUUAUGUAUCCUAUAGGUACUCCCCAGGCUGGGGUGCCCCGGGGAAUGUUGAAGAAGGGGAAGAAGGUGCUUUAUUGGCGUGGGCUUGCGUGAAUGGUUUCACGAGGUGAAACAAGCGCGGGAAGGGUUCGCACUCCCCUCCGCCCCGCGGUUGGCGGAAGCAAGAGGCCCCAAAGAUGUGGCGAAAGAAAUGGGACCGCGUUCCCAAGAUCGAUGGUAACAAGUGCCGGCGGGCAACAUUAUUGGCACCCCCUUCAACGCGUUGGCCGCCGCAGUUGGCGUCGCGGGUCCUUGUGGUUCUCUCCUCGUUUUUUUCUUUUCUGUCCGUGCCCCUGUGCCCGACUCAUAGCGGGCAAAGGGACGAAGCAACCAACCAAGAGACAGCGGGAAAGCCCGGAGAGGGUGGGGACCCAGAGACAUCGCGGAGGGGGUUGGGGCAAGUCCCCAGGGGUCAGCGGCGCGCGCGUCUCACUCUACCGCCGUCGCGGUUGUUUCGGGGCUCUAUUCCACUGCGCCACCUGCUCGCGAGGGGUUCCGCGCAUUGUACAGCGGCGCGUGCAUCUCUACCCCCGUCUUGACUGCUUUGGGCCUCUUUUGAUUCCACUGCGCUACCCGCUCGCAGCCGAGGGGCCCCUGUGCCAGGGUUCUGCAGCGGCGCGCGCGUCUCUGCCCCCGCCGCGGUUUUUUCAGGCCUCUUGGUUGUCCACUGCAGCGCCCGUUCGCAGCCUGCCAAGCGGCUCCUGGCGUGCGUUGUUGUUGUUGCUUGUGGGUGGGGUUUUCUGCUGCCUUCUGUUGCUUUCUCUCGUCUUCUGUUGCCUCUUGUCGUCUUCUGUUUUUUCUUUUCUGUUGUCGUCUGUUGUGGUUGUCCCCUGUUGUUCUCUGCUGUGUCCUUCUGCCCUCUCUUGUCUUCUGCUGUUUUCUGUUCGGUCUCGGGUUCUGGGUUGAGUGAGUGAGGGCAAAAACCUGCAGCGCCGUGCUGAGCUUGUGGCGCCUUGUUCGUGGUGUCUUGCUCUUGUUUGUGGUGUCUUGUUCGUAGCGCCUUGCUCGUGGGGCUUUGUUCGUGGGGCCUCCUUCGUGGGGUCUUCUUCGUGGUGUCUCCUUCCUUGUGUCUCCUUCGUGCUGUGAGUGUCUUUCGUGGUGUCUCUUUCGCGGCGUCUUGUUCGUGGUGUCUCGUCUGUUGUGUCUUGUCCGUGGGGUCUUGUUCGUGGUGCUUUGUUUGUGGUGUGUUUUUCGUGGUGGGCUGCUUGCGGUGUGUUGUUCGUGGUUCUUUGUUCGCGGUGUGUUGUCCGUGGUGCUUUGCCCGUGGUGCCUUGUUCGUGGUGUCUUGUCCGUGGUGUCUUGUGCGUGGUGUCUUGUCUGUGAGUGGUGUCUUGCUUGUGGUGCUUCGUUGGUUCGUGGGGCUCUGUCUGUGGUGCCUUGUCUGUGGCGUUUUGUCUGUGGGGCCUUGUUCGUGGGGCCUUGUUCGUGGUGCCUUGUCUCUUCGUGGUGUCUUGUCCCUUCGUGGUGUCUUGUUCUUUCGUGGUGUCUUGUCCCUUCGUGGUGCCUUGUAUGUUCGUGGUGUCUUGUCUGUGGUGUCUUGUUCGUGGGGCCUUGUCCGUGGGGUCUUGUCCGUGGGGCCUUGUUCGUGGGGCCUUGUUUGUGGUGUCUGUCUUUUUCGUGGUGUCUUGUUCGUGGGGUCUUGUCCGUGGUGUCUUGUUCGUGAUGUCUUCCCCAAUGUUCACGCGGAAGGGGUCCUAAGGGCCCCUUCGUGUUCACACUUAGACCAGGGCUUUUCUCGUUGUAUGUAUGACUGAGUCUUUUUUUAAAUGUGGCAAGCCUAAGGAAGCUGAGACCCCUCGGGACCGGCGUCGCCACUCCGCUGGCUUUGCAGUGGACCCGCGGAGCGGGGCUCCCCUCCCUGGGCUGGCUAAGCAUGGACGCGGCUGGCGUCUCCAGAGGUGCUGCUGCUUUCCGGGCGCUCUGUUCGGAGACGCUUGGGAGGGGUGUCGAAAAGAGGGACAAAAAGGGCCCACUUUGACACCCCAAACGAGGCGGGUCAUUCGGCGACACUUUUGGCGCCAAAUAAAGUGUCGCUUUAAGGCAGCCCCUGCCCGUAGGGCCCACUUGGUGGGGCCGCUUCGGUCUUCGUAAAACGUGUCGGCAUUUUAUGUCGCAAAAUGAAGCGCAAAAUGCACCCCAUUUUUGUCGCCACUUUUUUGACCAAAAAGCGCCCGGCUCAAUAACCCGUUGCUUGGAUCAGACCUUUGCGCCAGGUGCAGCCCCCAUGCGCGGCGCGCGGGCCGGAUGGCCUUGGCGUCUGCCUCUCUGCGGAUGUCGACGGCUCUGAAGGCCCACGGUCAUACGGUGGUUGGGGUGUAUGGGAGUGCGCCAGGCCUUCUCAAUGGCUGCAUUUGAAAAAAAAAAGAUAAAGGCUGUGGAACGAGAAAAGUCGUGGUCUAACACACUAAAGGGGUCUUAAGUAAGGGUCUUCUCGUGUUCACAUGAAGAGCGCUCCAGUGUUCACCUUAAAGGCGUCUUAGGGGUCUUUUAGUGUUCACAUUCAAGGGGAAGGCGGUCCUUUAGCAUUCACAUUAAAGGCGUUCUAGAGGGCCUUUACCUCUAGUGUUCACAUUAAAGGGGAAGAGUGUUCGGGGAUUUGUAAUAGUGUCCAAAUGGGAUAUGGCUAUGGAUAUAGUCAUAGUUUUUCUAGGUAUCAACUCGUCAAGUAGACACACACACACACAACUGUAGUUGUUGAAAGUGUAGGUAGUUGUUCUAAGCUUGAUUCUGGCACUCCUUACCCGUUGUUGCCAUCCAUGAUGUGGGAGGCUAUGCUCAGCAGAGACCGGCGAGGACAUCACCUUUUAGCAUUGAUAUGUGAUUCCCGUCUGAGUCCGACAAGGGGCUCUGGUGCGGACCCAAGUGAGGGCAUACGACAUCGAUCCUUUCGCGAUUUCGUCGAUACCUAAGACUUCUCAGUAACUAUCUAGUGGCGUGUGCUGAUGUGUUGAGUGGGUUCGCUCAUAAUAUGCUUUGAUUAUUAUACUGUAGCGACAGACAGGCGGGGGGAGCAUGGAAGCCACUCGCACGCCGCCACAGAUAGUAUCAUACUUGACACUUUUGAAAAUUCCCCUGCUACUGUCGUCUUGGAAAAGGUUUUCCAGAAUAUCAGGCUGUUUCGGUCAACAGUUUGGGGCGCUUGGCGGCUCGAGGCUCAUCAUUUAGAACAGAAUUUCCUAGCUUGGGCUUAUAAGACGGCACAGAGACCGAUCUACAUUGAAGAUCAAGCCGAGCAAUCCCAAAGAAAUGUCGGACAUGGUCUGGUCUGGCUAAGGCAAUCCAUGCGCACCGAUCCCGAGCUCGUUCUUGAAAUUAAUUAUUAUCUAUCCGAAAUCCAGCACUGCUUCAACAUUCACCCACUAUUCAACCUGUACCCAUAUUUCCUCGAGGCACGAAGUAGAAAGACCGACAAUAACGAGCCACUGCAACUGGUGCCCUCCCAUUAUAGCGCUUCCGAGAUCCACCAGCUGCACCUGGUCGAGAGAGAUAUCGCGGCCAGCAGGAUACCAGCGGGGAUCGACAAUAACGAGCCACGGCAACUGGUGCCCUCCCAUUAUAGCGCUUCCGAGAUCCAGCACCUGGUCGAGAGAGAUAUCGCGGCCAGCGGGACACCAGCGGGGAAAGCUACAGACGCCAAGCGCUGGCUGGUGAGUUGGCGCAAGCAGCAAACCGAACUUGUCAAUUUUCUGUUCACAGAACGCUGGCCGUCCGAUUUACGGCUCGCAUAAUACCAUCAUAAAUCCAUCCUCAUCUACAACUGCGCCUUUUCUUGCCAAUUUACGUACAACCCAUUUUUUUUCUUCUUUAUUUUUCAAUUAUGAUCAUGAGUCAUGAUAUAAAGAAAGUAUCAAUACUAAGUCUGCGUCUGGAUGAUCAAACUCAUCUCAUUAAAGAAACUACGACUCUUUUUUUGAAUCUAAAGCCAGGCUCUUGCCCGGACCCGAAGUGGCCUGAUGAGUUGGCAGAAUACCAAGCUCCUAGCGCUCUCGUUUUGAUACGGUUGCAUCUUACGGCUUCACUAACGUGAUGUUUCUACUUACAACGAACAACUGUGAGAAAUGAGAAGAGAACUGAGAAGUUCGUCUCAUUUUGUUGUUCUUUUCACUUUCUUAUAGGCUUCCUACUCGUGCUUCGCAGCAGUGGAGACAGAUUUUAGUCGAAAAAUAGCCUGGAGUUAUCGAGGACAAACUUGGUUCAUUUUCUUCUUUAUUUUUUCUAUUUCGAGUUGCAGUGAGAGUUCCUACUCGUGCUCUACCAGAAUUUCAAAAUGAUGACAGUCAGACUGCUACAAGGACUGUUUACUACUUCGUUAUCGUUACUCAGUUACUUAGUGCAAAGAUAGAAAAAGCACAGAUGACUUAAUAAGAAUGUGGGUGCUCCUCAGAACUUCUUGAAGCCGGAGAGGACGGGGGUUCAUCGAGUCGUCCUGGAAUACGCGGAAGAAGUUGUACUUGUAGUUGUAGGUGUAGCAGUAGUAGCAGUUUUCUAAUCUAUAGAGCUGCGGCUCGGAUCCCACGCCCACCUUGGACCUGAUUAACGCACUGCUGGACACCGCGACCCACGAAAUUGUUGACGAUUGGUGUUCUGGCCGAGAAAGGGUUAAGCUAAGGCUCGUUCUUCUUUCCCUAAUGCUAAUAGCUAAUCCAACAUCUCGCUUCAGGGGAGUCCGAGUCACUCAUCCUAGAACGACGGAGGCGCGGAGCUUUUCCGAAAAAGAAAAAUGGUCCUCGUUCAGGAUGCAGCCCUCCCUUUGUAAGAUGGAUUUCGAUUUUCGUAUUCGAUUAGAGUUGGUCGUGAGCUCUUCUAAUAGAGUACACGAGAAAGUUGUGGAAAGGUGACGCACUGAGGACAGCGGACAUGGAGUUAUGGCUUCCCUAAUCUAUCUUCGGAAGCAUCCUCAGGAUGGUUUUCAAGGAGAUGAGAAAGCACCUGGGACGCAUCUCGAGCAGGAUUAGGGCGAGCGCUAAUGGAAAUGCUAGUGCAGCACAGACUUGGUGGUGAUGAAAAAUUUCUAAGAGAUUUCAUCGAGCCACUAGCUUUCAGAAGCUUCGAACUCGCUUCGACUUUCAGCAGCUACUUUUUAGGGAACCCCCUCAAAUAAGCUGCUGACAGACCAUAAUAUAAGCAAUUUAGCUAUUCAACCAAAACCAAUUUAGCUAUUAUAAGAUAAUGUUGAUAGAUCAUACUUAUUCAUUUAAGACAGUCCAGAGUGACACGCCAACGUGGUCAGUUCUAAUUCUACUCACCAGCUGACGAAUCAGUCUACUAACGCUCAAAGUACUUAACAAGAAGAAGAAAUAGAAGAAGUUUGUCGAUCAUCGUCGAAACAUCAUUGCUGAAAGUACUAGAGCCUUCUAAUUUUUGUUCAGAAAGGGCUGGGUGAAAUGUACUGGCUAGCGGUUUCAAAGAACGCUUGCGCGAACAAGGUUAAGCGUGAGGCGUGGAGUUUCGUUAUGCGAUGCAAAGUGUGGAAAUUGCCUUUCGUUCUGCCCUUCUUGGGCUUGUUUGAUCUUGAUGAGGACGAGGCGCAGCAAGAGCAGGCCCAACUCCGACAAGAGGAACACCCAGAUGAUUCUUUUCUGCUGACCUUCUUACGGCGUCGCCAAUUGUUUCGGCGUCAGGAACAACUGGUGCGAGAGUUCCAUAAUGACCGAUCCGGACUAGGACAAGAAGGCGAAAAUGAUGAUGAUCGACAUCAUCAAGUUGACGAACUCGAUGGAGCAGGAGAGGGGUGGACGACUACGAAGAUGAACGAUCGCGAUCGUUUCUCCAAGAAGAACAAGAAGAAGACCUCCAAUUCAUAUGUUGACAACAAUCCGAUCAUUUUUGGUAAGCAUCACGCGUCCACCUCACUAGAGGAGAGUGAUGUGGUUCCACUCAUGAAGAGGCUUGGUGUGGAGAAAAUGCAGCGAAUCUUACGUGCAGAACUCGAAACUCAGGAGCUCUCAGGACGAGGCCAUUCUCGAGGACAGGGAGUUCCUAACUUUAUCUUUAAGCCGAAUAGAAAUACUUAGAAGUUUUUUAUCCACUAAUUCCCCGUCAUUGUCGUGACAUCUUCUGUUGAUCCAGCUUUCUCGCGAUAUAGUACAACUGACGACGAAAGAAUUACUCUUAGUACGGGGAUUUUUUGGUAUAAUAUAUUUAUAAUCUUUCACGACACAGAUUAAGAAUCACAACUCCUCAAGGCACUUAUCUUAUGACGGAAAUCAUGAGAUGUUUGUGCCAGAAACUUCGCAGCUCGUCUAAUAUUUGCCCGUUUUUUACAGCGGCAUGCAUUGCUAUUGCUGGUGGUUUGCUGGACGAUAGCUGGCUUCCGAUUCUCGAUUUGAACCAGGAACAAGUUGCGAAUGGCGAAGGAGCACAAGUUCUAUUAACGCCAAGUGCUUCGACGAAAAGCUCCUCUUCAAAAUCUUUAUUGGGAUUGGGAAGGUGGAAAGCAAAAAUAAUUUAUUUAAGAUCUGGGAUAUAUGUCAACACAGAUGAUCAUAUCGUACAUUUUUUACUGAAAAGUAAGAUCACGCUCUUCUUCAUUCUAUUCCCUUUUUUGGCUUUUGUUAUAGCAGCGAUCAUACGCUAA